GCCAGACAAAAGUAUCUUGGUUGAAGUUUUGCUAUUUUUUUUGUGUGGCUUAUCCUUCUUGUCUCUCUGCAAAAACCCACACGCUUUAGCAGCGGAACAUAAAUCUCUGAUUAAUGUAUAGUUUCGUAUAAUCUUAUUCUGGUCGUGUCGCGAAGAAUAAGAGAGAGUUUCGAGUUUCUCCUUGUCUGAAUGAGCUCCCAAUGCCUUCUUUAGGUACCUUCUCUGAUAUUACUACUAUCCAACCUUCCUUGCAACCUCAUCUUGUUCCAUUGGGGGCUCAGAGUAUCAUCCAUGCUAAAACCCUACCUAAUCCAUGGAGACAAUCCAGUUUCUCCAAGAGUUUGAAAUUUUACGCAGGCGGCCAUCUUCAUGUACCAAGAGGCAGGCUCAUUAUUACUGCAGUGGCCACUGUUGAAACCAAACAUCCUGCUCAGAAAGAACACCAACAAAGCUAUUCCUUGUCUUCUGAUGAUGGAGAAGCGGUGGAUGACAGAGAAAGACUAAGAAGGAUGAGGAUCUCCAAGGCUAAUAGAGGGAACACUCCUUGGAACAAAGGCAGGAAGCAUAGUCCAGAGACUCUACAGAAGAUUAGAGAAAGGACAAAGAUUGCAAUGCAAGAUCCUAAGAUCAGGAUGAAGUUAUCAAAUCUCGGACACGCGCAAAACGAGGAGACACGGUUGAAGAUAGGGGAGGGAGUGAGGAUGCGGUGGGCAAGGCGUAAGGAGAGAAGAAAAGUGCAGGAGACCUGUCAUUUCGAGUGGCAAAACUUGUUAGCAGAAGCUGCUAGAAAAGGACACACAGACGACGAACAAGAGUUUCAGUGGGAUUCUUACAAGAUCUUGGAUCAGCAGAAUCAAAUAGAAUGGCUUGAAAGUAUAGAGCAGAGGAAAGCCGUUAGAGCAGCUAAAGGUAACAGAAGAGCUCCAAAAUCUCCUGAACAGAGAAGGAGAAUCGCUGAAGCAAUAGCUGCUAAAUGGGCUGAUCCAGCUUACCGUGAAAGGGUUUGCUCUGGCUUGGCUAAAUAUCACGGUAUACCUGAUGGUGCUGAGAGGCGUCGUAGAAGACCAAGUGGGACUGGAGAGCCUAGAAAGAAGAAUCCUACACCGAAAACUACAAGAGAUUCAGAGACUGUUCGCAAAGUUCAAGUAGUGAAAGUAAGGAAGCGCAGAACACCUGUGUAUAAAGAUCCUUUAGCGAGUUCAAAGCUGGAAAUGAUAAAAAGCAUCAGAGCAAAAAGAGUUGCAGAAGAGUCUAAGAAGAUGGAUGCUGUGGAACGAGCAAGGCUGUUGAUCUCUGAAGCUGAGAGAGCUGCGAAGGUUCUUGAGAUUGCUGCUAUGACAAACCCUGUUGCUCAAGCAUCUUUAUUAGAGAGUAAAAAGCUUAUAGCAGAAGCAACACAACUGAUUGAAUCCUUAGAAAUUAGCCAUGCAUCUUCAGAUGAAGAUGGGACACAAGACACAGACCAUCAAGAACAGCCAGGAGAAGUAAACGGAACACACACAUUCCCUAUCAAUGGAGAGAGUCUUCACUUGAACUUGAGAUGUAGCGAUUUGCCGACAUUCAACAUAGAAGGUGGUAAAACACAUGGGAUGAUUCCACAGCCAAACGGAACCACAGUUGAUCAACCACCUUCAGAGUCUAAUGGAGCUAACAAACUUAGUGAGAGUCCUCAUCUUCCAAAUGGUUCUAACGUUUGCCAUGAGGUGGAAGAAAAGGCUGAAUGUUUGGAAUCAGGGAAUGUAACUAAGAAGUGGGUUCGUGGGAGGCUCAUAGAAGUCACAGAAGCAGCCUAAACUAGUCUUUAUCAAUUGGUGAUGAGGUCAUGUUGUAAUGAUUUAGCAGAGAAAAAAAAAACAUAUUGUUCAAUUAGUGAUUUUAAAAUUUCGGCUUCUUCUAUGGUCUCGUGCUUGAGAGAAGCAGUUUCCAGUUUGAGAUGUGGCAGUUGUAUCUAUGAUGAUGACUCAAUUGUAUGUCGAGUUUCAGGGUUAGUAAACAAAUUAUCCA